GGGAAAUCUGAUAGAACACCUGCUCACUGGUCACCCCUGGCCAGCUGUCACGUGACUGGAAUCCAACAUGGCGGCGCCCAGACUGCUUCAGAUGCCCAGAAUACUACCUCACCUCAAACUCUUGCAGACUUCCAGGAUCCUGGCUCUUGUUGGAUGGAGAGACUCACGACACAGCUCGUCCUCCUCACUUCCCUCAAUCAAACACAGAAUCCUACAUUCUCUCAACAAUUAUUUUCAUGACAUUGAAACUGUACUAGACUGGAGCAGCCGUCUUAAGACCUGGAACCUGCGCAGGAAGAAUGCGCAUUACGCGUACACCGAACGCCUCUAUGGACCGUAUGCUGCAGCUGCCUAUUAUGCGCUCUCUAAAAAGGGAGGAGUAAAGUUUAAGGGUCACAUCGAUUGGCACCGGGUGGACAGGAAGGGGCGUUUCAGCUGGGAUUUUAUGCAAUAUAAAGAUGUGCCUCUGGAGGGCAUUGACCUGAGCAAUUCACCCCUAACCUUUAGAGGUCUGGAUAACCUAGUUUCUCUAACAGAGCUCCGGGAACUGUAUCUCCGAAACUGCCCUCACCUGGACGAUUGGGCUCUGAGCCGCCUGCACGUGUUUAAAGAUUCGUUGGAAGUCCUGUCUCUGGCCGGGUGCCCUCAUAUCACUGAGAGAGGUCUGGCCACCUUGCACCAUCUACAGAAACUCCAGCACUUGGACUUGUCCAACUUGCCCUCUGUGCCUAACAAAGGGUUAAUCAAGAUUCUUCUGGAGGAGGUCCUCCCUGGGUGUCAAAUUGUGGGGAUGGAUUAUUUCGAUGGACUGGAGGACACAGAGGAACAGCCUCUACUUGUACCUGAGUUACGCCACUGACCAGAUUUUAAAGCCAGGCUUGGGCUGUGGUCAUAUCCUUCAUGGUUGGAUUUACAAUCUCUCCAGCAGGGCAGACUUUACUUGAAAGCACGUUGGGUAACAUCUCUGCUGUUUGGUAAUUGAUUCCACAGAAGACUGUCACUCAGUUGACCCUCCACGAGGGCCAAGUCUGCAGGAUUACUUUACCUAAGAACAGAGAGGGACCAUGCUGAGUUGAUUUGCCCGUGGACCAACUGGUAGAGAUGCCAUGGAUUAUGUGGACAGCUGUUCAUCUACUUGGCAGUAGAAGUUUAUAGAUAUGACACUGGUGCCCAGGCAGACUGACCUUAUAACAUCAAGGCUGAAGCGAGUUAACAGAGGGUCAUGCCAGGCCAUGGUCCAAUGUCUAUACAGAUCUACCCUGUUCUGGAACAAUAUUUACAGUUUGGUUCUUGUCGAGAUCCAGAGAUGUUGCCGAAAACAACUUCUAGGAAAUUCAGGUUUGUGAUAUUCGCGAGAUGUCAGGAUGAUGUGUUCAAUGAAAAUACACGGUUGGCUCAAAAUUUCCAUUCUUUACAAGCCGACCAUUGUAAUUUGUGAGCAGCUAGGUUUGGCUGAAAAUACUACAGGCGCAUUAUCUUGUAAUCAGUCUGUAAUAGCAAAUAAACCGUGCUAUAUAGGCGCUCAAAAUAUGAUGUAGUGAAGAACCUAAUUCCACUAAGCAGCUCAACAC